AGUGUCACUGCAGACACAGUGAAUGGAGCUAUAGCAGAAAUUAGGGAGGUUGCAGACUUUGGUGCAGACGUGGUGGAGCUGCGAAUGGACUUCUUGAAGGAUAUAGAUCUCUUCAAUCCAGCAGCCUUCCUCAAUCCACUUCUGGAUGCAUGCAAUGCAGUCAGGCUGCCAGCCAUCGUCACAUUCAGACCCAACUGGGAAGGGGGACAGUACGAUGGUCCUGAGCCGCUAAGGCUGGCAGUCCUGAAGUACGCAGCAGUCCUUGGGGCUCCCUAUGUGGACGUUGAAUACCUGGCUGCAAAUUUCUUCUUCGCGAGUGAAUGCAUGCAUGCUGGCACAGGUGAGGGGGAGGUACCGUUGACCACAAAGGUAAUCCUGUCCCACCACGACUACGAUGAGACACCCAGCGACGAGAUCCUGGAAGCCCUGGUGAAGGAGAUGUUCAAGGGUGGGGCUGACAUCGCCAAGAUCGCCACCACUGCACAGAGGAUCGAAGACUCUGCGCGCAUGCUGGCCUUGCCCGGCAAGUCCUCGGGUGAGCGUCCGGUGAUUGCGCUCGCCAUGGGCGAGAAGGGGCUGACGUCGCGAGUGCUGGCGCCCAAAUUCGGCGGCUACCUGACAUUUGGGGCUUUGUCUCCCGCGAAGGCCAGCGCGCCUGGGCAGCCAACUGUGACUGAGCUGCGGCAGCUGUACCGGCUGCAAAACCAAAGCAGCGCCACCAAGGUUUUUGGCAUUGUGGGCAACCCGGUCUCCCACAGCCGCAGUCCAGCGCUGCACAACGCAGCGCUGGCGGCGGCCGGCCUUGACGCGGUGUAUGUACCUCUGCUGGUGGACGAGCUGCGCCCCUUCCUGGAUGCCUACCCCAGCUUCAGCGGAAUCAGCAUCACCAUCCCACACAAGCUGGCGGCGUUGGAGUGCGCUGACGACGCAGACCCUGUGGCGGCUCGCAUCGGGGCGGCCAACACUCUCGUGCGCCAGCCUGGCGGCGGCCUCAAGGCCUACAACACCGACUGGUCUGCAGCCAUAUCUGCCGUCGAGGCUGCACUGGGAGGCAGCAAGGCUGGAGGGGAGUCUGCACUGAAGGGGCUACGCGUGGUUGUAGUGGGGGCUGGGGGCGCAGGGAAGGCCCUGGCUUUUGGAGCCAUUGAAAGGGGUGCUGAAGUGCUUGUAUGCAACAGGCAAGGCCAUCCCUGCACCUUCUUGAUCAUACAAUGGACAGACAUGGCAGUGGAGUACGCUGACGUGGCGGCUGGCAAGGUGGCAGGGGAUGUGCUCAUGAACAGCACAUCCAUCGGCAUGCACCCCAAGGAAAACGAGACCCCCGUCAGUGCAGGGGCUCUCGGCGGCUACAAGGUGGUCUUUGAUGCAGUCUACACCCCACUGGAAACACUGCUGCUCAAGGAUGCAAAGGAUCAGGGUUGCAUCACUGUGAGCGGGCUGGAGAUGUUUGUGGGCCAGGCAGCGGAGCAGUUUGAGCUCUUCACUGGCAAGCCUGCGCCGUUGGACUUGAUGCGGCAGGCUACACUGGACAGCAUAAAGAGUUGA